AUUCUUCAAACCCCAUAAACGUAAAAAUAUACAGUUUCCAUAACGCGUUUAAAUCUCAACAAUCGGGGAAGAAGAAGAGAAGAGAUAGAUAAUCAGAGCACCUGAAUUCGUAAAGGAAAGGGUGUUUUUGGUUUUCAAUCAUUCCUGCAAAACCAUCUUCUUCCGUUCUUCGUCUACUCUGUCUUCUCCAGAUCUUGUUAGUUGUGGUCGGCAAUGGAGGUCGACGACAACAACAGCGACAAGAAGUACAUUACAUUCGAUGAUUUGAAGAAGCAUGGAAGCAGAGAAGAUCUGUGGAUAUCUAUCCAGGGGAAGGUGUACGAUGUGACGGAGUGGAUUAAGAAACACCCCGGCGGCGAUGUUUCGAUCCUGAAUCUCGCCGGCCAGGACUGCACCGACGCCUUCAUUGCAUUCCAUCCCAGCACGGCCUGGAAGUAUCUCGACGCGUACUUUACCGGCUAUUACCUGAGAGAUUACGAGGUAUCUGAGGUCUCGAAGGAUUACCGGAAGCUGUAUGCUGAUAUUUCGAAAUCCGGAAUGUUCGAGAAGAAAGGGCACGGCGUAAUCUAUUCCUUCACCUUCAUCGCCGUCCUGCUCUCGAUCUGCUUCUACGGCGUGCUGUGCUGCGAGAGUGUGUUGAUGCACAUGUUUUCCGGCGGGCUGUUGGGCCUGGCUUGGAUGCAGAUAUCGUACCUAGGUCACGAUUCCGGCCACUACACCAUCAUGUCCAGCCGCGGAUUCAACAAAUUCACUCAGAUUCUCACCGGAAACUGCCUCACCGGAAUCAGCAUUGCCUGGUGGAAGUGGACGCACAACGCGCACCACAUGGCCUGUAACAGCCUGGACUACGAUCCGGAUCUGCAACACCUUCCAGUUCUGGCCGUAUCUUCUAGAUUGUUCCAGUCCAUCAAUUCCGUCUUCUACGGCCGAAAGCUCACCUUCGAUCCGGUCGCCAGAUUCCUCGUCAGCUACCAGCAUUUCACCUUCUACCCCGUGAUGUGCGUCGCCAGGGUGAAUCUCUACCUCCAGACAUUCCUGCUUCUCUUAUCGAAGAGAAGAGUGCCUGACAGAGCGCUGAACAUCCUCGGAACCCUAGUUUUCUGGACAUGGUUCCCUCUGCUGGUUUCCUGCCUCCCGAAUUGGCCGGAGAGGGUGAUGUUCGUGCUGGCGAGUUUCUGCGUUUGCUCUAUCCAACACGUCCAGUUCUGCCUGAACCAUUUCGCCGCGAAUGUGUACAUCGGACCCCCGAAGGCGAACGACUGGUUCGAGAAGCAGAUGCUCGGGACGAUUGACAUCUCCUGCGUGGAGUGGAUGGAUUGGUUCUUUGGAGGACUGCAAUUUCAGGCAGAACACCAUCUCUUUCCCAGGCUGCCCAGGUGCCAGUUAAGGAAGAUCGCCCCUGUCGUUCAGGCCCUCUGCAAGAAGCACAAUUUGCCGUAUAGGAGUCUUUCCUUCCUCCAAGCCAACAUCACCACCCUCAAAACGCUCAGAUCUGCUGCACUGGAGGCUCGGGAGAAUCUGGUCUGGGAAGCUGUCAACACCCAUGGAUAGCUCAUAGCUAGCUAGGCUUAAGCAGAUCUGUUUCUGUUUCUUUAAUGGUGGUUGGUUUAAUAUGACUACUAUUUAUUACUCCUAUGUGUAUUUCUUCAUUUAUUGCUUUUGUUCUGGAAGAGUUUCAUGGUUCUUGUCAUUUGAUUAUUAUCCAUGGUGUGGAGCUGGGAAGAUAGCUGGAUAUGUGCUUCAGUGCUUCACCUCCCCACCCCCCAGUAUCUGUGGCUCUGACUGCAAUUUGCACAGAACAAUAAUGUUUUGUUUUUGAACUUUUUCCCCAUUUCUUUUUUGAUGCAUUGAACUGAAUGAUUGAAUAUUCUGCAAAUCUCUUAAAUGUUUUAAGCUAUGAAUAGAAGAAGGUUAACUUUAUUUAUUUCUAUUAUAA